AUGUCCGUUCUGGCGAGAGCGUCGUUGUCAAAGGCCUUUCUCAGUGCCUGCUCGCUGUCAUCGACUCCAUCAUUAAAUUUUCCGGCUGUUGCAACCAAAGAGAAGAAGCCCCAGGCUCUUCCGGCUGGAUUUCGUCCUCCGAGAGUUAUUUCAUUGUUGGUGAAAGAUGUCUACAAGGCGGGAAUGAGUGUCGGAGAGUCUGGAAAGAUUGCCAAAGAGCGUUAUCACUCACUGACUGCGUCUGAACGUAAGGUAAGUUAAUUUUUCACCGUUUUCUAAAGUUUAGAUACCUAAAAUCUUACGAUUUGCUCGUUUAGGAGUAUGAAAAGAGAAUUGAAGAGAUUGCUGCUGAACGUCGCAAGAAGUUCGAGGCUCUGCCAGUCUCCGAACAGGAGAAGUUGUAUGCGGAUGCCAAAGAACGUCGUCAAAAACGCCGUGCACUUGCUCACAGACAGCUUUUGCGCGCGUAUAAGGCAGAAACCGGUCAUCCAAAACAGCCCGCUAAUCAGUACCUGGUGUACGUCAAGAAGCAAUUUGAUGAGCAGAAGCCAGCUCAGGCUGAUUUAAAGGAUUUUAUGGCCAGAUGCGCUGCUGAUUGGAGAGGAAUGAGCGAAAGUGAGAAGAAGGUGGGUAGAUGGUAAAUUAAUAUCAAAAAAGGGUGAAAUUGAACAGAAAAUUGUCUACAUUGCUGUGGUAAAUUUGUUUUAUGAAUUUGGAAUGUGUUUAGAAUGUUCUAUUUCUUGGAACGCAGGGUUUUUCAAUCUUGAUAUUAGGUUACAUUAUCCAUGACAUCACGUUUUACGUUUUGGUUUUUAGCCAUACAAAGACGAAGCUGACAAGAGCCGCGAUAAGUACUUCGAAGAACUGAAGGUCUGGAAAUCUUCUCACACCAAGAAGGAAUGGGAAGAAUACAAACUGAAGCACAAGUGA